AUGCAUUCAGAUUUACAUAAGGUUUCCAGGUUUGUUGACAUUUCAGCAUUAAGAGUUUCAUUAGGGUUCCAGGGUAGAAGAAGGUUUUCAGGCAAUGACUUUGACAGACGAAAAUCUGACCAACCAUAUGAUAUCCAUCCACCAUCAGAUGAGUUCUUUCCCCUUACAAGAGCACGAUCAGUUCCAUAUCAACUACAGUAUACUCAACAACCACUUCUACCACCUAAACCACCACAAUAUAGUGGUAAUUACCAACAACAGCCUACACCUAUAGCCCAAUCCACACCAUUUCAUACAAAUCCAUACAACGAUUCAGGAUUUGUACCAAGCUAUGGUUCCAGUCUCCCAAAUAUCAAUAUAUCAGAUCCAAAGAUGGGCAACAAAUUGUCCACAAAUGCGUAUGCUGGUUCAACCUAUCCUGCAAAUUUCACUACAAAUAAUUUUGGACCAGUGGAAAAUCAUUAUGAGCUCAAGAAACAAAAUGAAGAUUUAAAAGAAGAGCUUGAUUUUAUAAGAACCCAGAUGGCAAAUCAAAGCAGUGAACUCAAUUACUAUAAGGCAAUGUGGGAUGAAUACUGUAAAAAAGAAGUAUCAGUUGAUGAUAUAUUCAAUAUUAUGAAAGAAAAAUCUGAGAGAAAUGGAUCAUGGAAGGGUAAAGAUGGUCAAGACAAGUUAGAAAGCCCUUCAGAUAAAACAAACUUCAGUUCCUCAGAACCAGAUGAUGAAUCAAAAGAAGAAAUAUAUGAUGUACACAAGAGAUUUAAUCAUGCUUAUAAAGAGAAAAAUAGAAGAAAAAAAGAAAUAAUUGAAUCCAGAAUGAAAAUUUUAAUACAACAACGAAAUUAUUUUCAAAUGCAGGUUAAACAACUGCAACAAGAAUUACUAAUGGCAAAAAUGAGAAAAAAUGACACUGCAUGUUCAAUGACAGAAUUAGAGGAAGAUUUCAAUAAUUUAAGAUUAACACACAGCAUGUUAACCUACGAAUUUUUUCCUGAAGACAAAGAAAAACCAGCAUCUGGUAAACUGAAUAAUACCUGA